AUGACGAAUAUUUCAUCCAUGGAUUACAACAUUCUUUUAGAUUUCGUUCCUCCAGCCAGGAGUAUGAAGAAGACCCCAUUCCAGCCCCUUAGCUGUGACAUUAUGUCUGAAGAAAGGGUGAAGAAAGUGGCAAAUGGGAAGAUCAACAGCAAAAUCGAGAUGAAGAGAAAGAGAGAUGUUGAGGAGCAAGGACAUCAGCGGAAAAAGGUAAUGUUGGCAACUUGUUCCAACAAGAGCCAACCUGUAGCCAUAAAGGCAAUAGACAAAGCUGAGAAUAGAAGCUCUAUUGCCAAGGAGGUGCGACUGCUGAGGAUGGCUUCUAGAUGCCCAUUCCUCUGUCACUCACAUGCAGCUUUCCAAACAAAGCUGACUGCAUACAUUGUGAUGGAGUAUGCCAGUGGAAACAACUUGAAGAAAUUCAUUAAGCGCACAGGGAAACUGACGACAGACGCUAUAACAUUCUACGCAGCAGAGAUCAUAUGCGGCCUGCAGUUCCUCCACGCCAACGGGAUUCUCCAUCGGGACAUCAAACUGGGUAACAUCCUGUUGACCGGCGAGGGACACAUAAAGAUCGCCGACUUUGGUUUGGCUGUAGAGGGAAUGUUUGGCCAGAGGAAAGUUGGAGGCAUGAUUGGAACAGUAAAAUACAUGGCCCCAGAGGUUUUACGACUUAGGGGCUAUGAUGCCGGAGCAGACUGGUGGUCUUUGGGAAUUGUCAUCUGUAAAAUGGCCACCGGCAUGACACCAUUCUUUGAAGACGGCAACAGUGAAAAGUUCAUUUCAUCAGUUAUCCGUGAUGAGCCCCUGUUCCCAAAAUGUCUUAGUGCUGAAAUAAAAGAUCUUCUGCACAAGCUCCUAGAGAAGGACCCAGAGCAGCGUCUUGGCUUCAUUAAGAACAUCCGAGCACACCCAGUUUUUCAUUCCAUCAACUGGGAGCAGCUGGAACGCCAGGAAAUACCACCACCUCUCUGUCCUGCAGAAUUAACACAAGACAAGAAUUAUUUCAAGCCGCCGAGGAUGCUCAUGAAAGAGGGGGACAGCGAUUCUUCAUUUGUGAAAAGCAUGGAUUUAUCAUAUCUGAAUGACAGUUGGAAGAGCUGA